CCCUACCCAGGCCCGGGAGGGCGGGGGGUGCUGGUGGCUGGGGCUGCAGAGACGCGGGAGCGGGCGGCGGCCGGAGCUGCGCGGGGCGGGGCGGAGGGGAGAGGCGCGGGGCGCGCGUUUCCAUAGCGAACUCGUUAGGCGCCGAGGCGCGCAGGGAGCCGGGACGCAGCCGAGCCGGGUCCUUACCCGCCAGCCGUAUCGGGGCAGCCCCACUGCCCCCGCCGGCGCGCCCGAGCCCGCGCCCAGCCCCGCGCCCGGAGGAGAAGCGAUGCCGCUGGGUCAGGCCGCCCCCCGCGUGAACUGCGCCGGAGACAAAGCCCGCGCGUGAGCGGCGCCCUCGGCCCGCGCGCUUCCCUCCCGCAGUGCCUGGCGCCCCGCUCCGGGUGAAGCUUAGCACAGAAGACCUGAGCCAGCCUCUCGUCUGGUGACAGACCGACAGCUGCCGCUGCCCUCCACCUCCGCCACCUGCCCCAGCUCCCACCGUGCUGCCCUCUCAGGGGCCGCAGAAUGAAAGAAGGCAUGUCUAAUAACAGCACCACUAGCAUCUCCCAAGCCAGGAAAGCUGUGGAGCAGCUGAAGAUGGAAGCCUGCAUGGACAGGGUCAAGGUUUCCCAGGCCGCAGCCGACUUGCUGGCCUACUGUGAAGCCCACGUGCGGGAAGACCCUCUCAUCGUACCAGUGCCUGCAUCGGAAAACCCCUUCCGAGAGAAGAAGUUCUUUUGUACCAUUCUCUAACUCUGCUGGUUAUGAAGACGUCUCCUUUUCUGUCGGGAACCAUCCCUCGUAGAGCUCACGCAUGCCCUUAGCCUUAGAGAGCUCGCCCCACACCCCUCCCUGCCAACUCACUAUUGGUUUUGUUUGACGUUUUUUUUUUUCCAUUGCAUCCAGUUUCACUUUUUUCUUUUCAUCUUCAUUUUAUUUUCAUUAUUGGAAAAAAAAAAUAGACAUUUUUAUAGCCAAAUAACAAAUGUGCCAAGUAAAAUAAGUAUGGAUUUGAGGGUUUACAUUUUUUAAACAUCAAUUGCCAAGUUUAAAUACAUCAAGUUAAUAAAUUUCAGUGGAUAAUUGAUUGGAAAGAACACUGUACCCAAGACCUCCCCAGUCACAGUAAUUCAUUCAGAUUUAAUUAGAGCAUUUGACCGACUGAAAUAUAUGGGUAACGUUCCCACCUCCCUUGCUGGGGAGAGCAGUUCUGGGAAGUCUCCAGGUCCCACGUUUCCAUCAUCCUGUUACAGAGGAAACCAUCCAGUGGCUUUGAGUGGUUUUCUUAACUUGUAUCUUCCUGGAGCUGGGGCUGUGUGACCCAGAACCUGGGGGAGGGUCCUUGCCCCUGUUUUCCCACAGCUUGUUACUGACAUUUUGUAGGUGGUCCUUCUAUAGAUGUAGACAUUAGAGGAGUGUUGUGCCAGAUUUGACCAUCGGUGUACCGUGACUGCUCUGUUUUGUGUGCUCCAUUGAGACCUGCCCGAGGGCGCCAUCUCCCCUCUCCAUGAGCCACCUUUCCCUGCUCCCUUCUGUUCUGGCUCCUACUGGGUAGUUUUAACAUGGUUUCCAAUCAUAAGGGCCUCUGGGGUUUCACCAGGGGGUACUCUGUCCUGCAGGAUUGAGUCAUAGUGGCUACAGAUUACUAUGUGCCAAGCACUGAUCUAAUCAUUUACAUGUAUUAAUUUAUUUAAUCCUCCAGCAAUCCCAUGAGUGUAUACCUGUUUUAGAGACAGAGAAACUGAGGCACAGAGAAAUUAAGUCAUUUGCUCAAGGUUAUAGAGAGUAAGCAGAAGAACCGGGAUGUGGGUGCAGGAGGUUUGGUCCCAGAGCCCUCUCUCUUAGCCCCUGGACUGUGUUGCCUUCUGCUAACCCUGCAGGUAGAACUGCAAACAGGAUGAACCCGUGCAGUGCAGCAAACACCUGUGUUGCUCAGCAGUGCACUUCUCUUCCCAUCUUUGCCUGUAGAAGGUGCGUUGAUCCCAUAUUUUGACAGCUUGCAGAAGAUACGCAGAUCCCCCAGGGAAGACUAGACAGCAGUGACUUAAGCUCUUGGUUUGAAGAAGAGCUUAAGGCCCCCUCCCCGGAAAAAAAAAAAAAAAAAAAAAAAAAACACAAAAAUCGUACCUUUCCUGUUGAAAGAGGAGGGUAGACCAUGGAGGCAGAGAGCUCUUUGUAUAAGUUUUUCCUAUUCCGUUUGUUUGGAAACAGACUCUCCCUGACUCUGAGGGCAGCUUUCUGUGUGGUGUAAGGCAAGCCAUUGUGUGCCUGAAGUGUUCUGAUCUGCAAAUUGGGGACAAUGAUAAUUACUCCUCCUGCCUUUCUGUCUAGGAAGAAAUAAGAGAGGUGCUGCCUAGAUGAAAGCUCUGAUUAUUAUUUAAAACAUAUAAAUGUAUGAUAUGCCAAGACGUAAUAUAAGGAAGAAUGGGUGACUUCAAAGAUAACAUGGUUUGGGUUGAAGGAAUAAUGUAAAAUUGCCUACAAAGAAUCAAAUAUUAUUUUCAAAUCAAUUAUUGACUUGCUACCUUGAAAAUUGUUUUAGUACAUUUGAAUUCUUUGAUCCUUUUGUUGAACCCCAUUAUUGGUUUCAUUAAAACUCACUGAUGACACCAGUAUUGUUAGGAAGCUGCAGACUCAAUCUCUAGUGGAAUUGUUUGCUGUCUGUCAUAAUGAUUCCGAUCCUUCUAUAUUUGGAUUUAUGCCAGAAUCUCUGUUCUGUGGUCCAUCUCAACAUCAUUAACGUGAUGAAGCAAAGCACAAUUCAUAAAAGCACAUCAGGUGAGCUGAGAAAGUGGGACAGCACAGAUAUCCAGUGAAACCAGAUCAAGAAAUAGUUGGCUCUGGGACUGCCACAAAAUCCUUCCCCUUAGUUUUUCCUUUUAUGGUUCCUCCAUAUUCUGCCUCCCAUUGUCCUCUCUUUCCUGUUUCUCCUCUCUUCCUUACAUUCCUCUAUGAAACGUUUUAUUGUCCUUUCACUACACCUCUUCCUUCCAAACCUAUGGCAUUUUGUGUGGUUCCCCUCUCUGAAGAGUGCCUGAACUCCAUUCCUUCUUCUUACAGGACGAGUUUAUGCACAUGGACUAUGAGAUACACAAACAGAUGAACAAGCCCCUUUCCCCCUUUUAAAAGCCAUUAGAAGAGGAAUGAAAUAAAACCAGCUUGUAAUACAGAGUGCACCUGAGGCAGACAUUUGUCUUUUUUUUUCCCCCUUUCACUUUGGUUAUCCAGCAUCUGACCUCCUUCCUAUUGGAUGGAGAUGACCCUUACACAGAGAUUUAGUGGGAUGCAGGGCCCCUCUCACCCUGUGGAGACCUCUCUCUCUCUUAGGUGCACCCCUGUUCCAGCACUGCACCAGCCUGGGAGUGGUCAGUGACCCAGGACGGACUAUUAGGACUCUCCUGCUUGGGACUGGGAACCUGGCACAAGAGACACAGAAAGGAAGGGAUGCUGAGAUUCACUUCUUGGCUACUGCUGUGGUGUCCAGGGGUGGCAGCAGUCUGCAGGGAUGGGAUGUCCACUGGUAUCAACGCCCAGGAAUGGCAGUGUCCUGCAGAACAUUCCUGCUCUACUCCUCGGCCCCACAGAGCUGUCUCAGCUCCUAUCCAUCUUCCUAGGUCUCCUUUCUCACUUGCUGUCAAUUCUUUGAGCCUCCAAGCUCCAUCCAAUAAAAUCCCUAUUCUUCCAGGAAAUAGCUGGAGUUGGACGUGCAUACCCUGUGACCAAAGAAUUCCGCUCCUCGGUGUAUUCCCAACAGAAAUGUGUACAAGUAGUCACCAAAAGACAUGUACUAGAAUAUUCACAGAGGCACUGUUCAUAAUAACCCCAAACUAGAAAGUAUCCCAAUGCCCAUGCUGAAUGGAUAAAUUAUGGUAUAUUCACAUGAUGGAAUCCUAUACAACAUGAGAAUGAAAGAUCUGCACCUUCACACCACAGCAUGGGUGAAUCUCACCAGCCUAAGGUUAGCAAGAGAAGGCAAGGGUAGGCACUGUGUGAAACCAUCUACGUAAAGUAGAAACCUGGCAAAACUAUCUAUGCUGUUGUAAGUAGGGAUCGUAGUUACUCUUGAGGGGACAAUAAUGAGAAUGGGGCACAAGUUGCUUGUGGGAUGUUCCAUUUCUUGAUCUAGUUCUGGUUACCUGAGUGUGUUCCAUUGUGAAAAUUCUUUGAGCUGUACACUUUGAUUUGUGCACUUUCCUGUAUGUAUGUUAUACUUCAAUAAAAAGUUGGUGUCUGUGGCUAGCAA